AUGGCGUUUUCAGCUUCAGAUAUCUCUAAAGCUGCUUUCCUAGCUGUCAUAUAUGUCGUGACUGUGCUAGGUAACGCUUUAGUAGCUUACGUUCUCGUGAAGAACAGGAGAGCUCUUCUUAAAAAUCGUCCAACGUAUCAGUUUAUUCUAAAUAUAGUGCUUUCAGAUCUCCUCGUUGGCCUUCUAACGAUGCCUUUUGAAUUCACCCGCGAGCUCCUAGAUGAGUGGAUCUUUGGAACAGCGCCUUGUAAACUCAUCGAGUACAUUGAAAUUGCUGUUUCUUGUACCGCAGUUUUUACUCACGCCUUGAUUGCUUAUGAUCGAUAUCGCAGCCUGGCCCGUCCUUAUUCACCCCGAAUGAAAAGCAAACUCGUCACAAAAAUGAUAGCGCUGUCAUGGGUGGUCCCUGCCGUUGUAGAGACACCUUAUCUGUACAUGUUUGAGGUUCAAGUUAUCAGUUCCAAGACAAUUUGUACGCCAAAAGCUAUUCCAUUUAGCUGGUUAGAUAAACUUUACGGAGCAUUAUCAUUCCUUGUCGUUUUCCUCUUGCCAUUUAUGGUGUUGUGUUGGUGCUAUUUUCGCGUGAUACUUACCAUCUGGGGAAGAAGCCCUACUGUAAUGGCAGAGAAUUUCUCCGCUUCGCAAUAUUCGGUUAUUUCCAGCACCAAGAGGCGCGUCACGAGAACUUCCUGUUUAGUUGCUGCAGUAUUCGUGGUAUGCUGGCUUCCAACACUGGUUCUAGGCUGGUUUCGGAUUGUGUCGGGAACGGAUAGUAUUCACCGGGGACACGUUCUUCACAAAAUCGCAAUGUUUGGUGCAUUUAUUAACGAAGCGAUAAACCCCGUUAUUUACUGUGCGUUCGAUAGGAGUUUAAAAGCGAGAAUUAGCCCUCGCUUCCUUUGCAGAGAUCCCUUGCUAGAGGCUACAGGAUUUAGUCAGACCAAUGAAAGUCUGGCUAAAACCACUCGAAAUCAAGGGCUCAGUUUCAGAGACACCAGGAAUCCUCGUUCGAAAAUGAAUUAG